AUGGCAAAGAACUUCCAUAUCUUCGGCAAAGGGAUAUCGUUCAGCGUUUCACCCACCAUCCACAACGCAGGCUUCCAGCACUAUGGCCUUCCCUUUACGUACACAAUCCACGAGUCCGACAGCAUUGAUGAAGUUGCUACAUUGAUUGCAAGCGAUUGCUUUGGUGGGGCGAGUGUCACGAUGCCACACAAGCUCCAAGUCCACAAGUUCUGCAACAAUCAAACCGAGACUGCUCGACUAAUCGGCGCAAUCAACACCCUUCUUGUGAAAGGCAAUGGCAGCGAUCGGAUAAUCACUGGUGACAACACAGAUUGGUCGGGUCUGCGCAGUAUCAUGGCUGCAUACUCGACUAAAACACAAAUCCAACCUAGCACCGGACUAGUGAUCGGGGCUGGGGGCGCAUCAAGAGCCGCGCUCUACGCUCUGCACCAAGCCGGAGUAAAGCGCAUUUACCUCGUGAACCGAACCUUGGCAACCGCCGAGAAAGUUAGAAACGAUUUUAAGAACGCUUUUGACAUCAAGGUUAUCCCAAGUCUCCAAGAUCUUCCAGAGAAGCCGGAUGUCGUGAUCGGUACUGUGCCCGCAGAGACGACCACAGCGGAUCAGUUCUCUUCAUUAUUCGGGGAUCGGGGGUUGUGUGUCGAUAUGUCGUACAAACCGAGACAGACGCCGCUCUUGACGGCAGCACAGCAGAAUCAAGGGUGGGACAUGGUCACGGGUGUGGAGGUACUGCUCGCACAAGCAUUCGACCAGUUUCUACUUUGGACGGGACUUGAGCCGCCGCGGGAUAUUAUGGCGGAAGCAGUUGUGGUACUUGAUGGAGAGCGGGCUACUAUGGAUAAAGGUGGAAUGCUUUAG